AAGCGCUUGGGAAGUCCAAGUUGGCAGCAUCUAGAGACAGUCCCCAGCCAAGAGCGGGCCGUCCGUCCGAGCCAUGGCCAAGGCCGCCCUGCGAGGGGACGGGCCCGGCCCGGAGAACUUCCGCCAGCGGUUCCGUCGUUUUCGGUUCCAGGAGGCGGCGGGGCCCCGCGAGGCCUUCAGCCAGCUCUGGGGGCUGUGCUGCCGCUGGCUGCGGCCCGAACUGCACAGCAAGGAGCGGAUCCUGGAGCUGCUGGUGCUGGAGCAGUUCCUCAGCGGCCUGCCCGACGGGCUGAGGGCCUGGGUGCGGGACCGCUGCCCCCAGAGCGGGGAGGAGGCCGUGGCCGUCGUGGAGGAGCUGGAGAGGAUGCCCCACAGGCCCGGGCAGCCGGGACCAGUCCGUGGGCAUGGGCAUCCAGUGCCCUCCGAGAAGGCGGCACCCCUCAGGGGGGCUCGGGAACCGCUGAGGGUCCAGAAGGAGCGGGUGAGGAGCCCACACCGGCGGGCCCAGGAGGAACCCGGCCUGCAGGAGAAAGCCCUCCCUCUUCAGAGGAGCGGGGAUAAGCGAGGAGCGGCGAGAAGAGAGAGGAGAGCGUGCGCAGAGCAGGAGCUGUGGAGCCUGGAGGAUGAAAAGGUGGUAGGGGUGCACUGGGGCUUCGAAGAGACCAAGACCUUCCUGGCCAUCCUCAGCGAGACGCAAUUCUACGAGGCCCUGCGCAACUGCCACCGCAACAGUCAGCUGUACGGCACCGUGGCAGAGCGACUGCGGGAGUUCGGCUUCCUGCGCACGGCCGAGCAGUGUCGCACCAAGUUCAAGAGCCUUCAGACCAGCUACCGCAAGGUCAAGGGCGGUCUACCCCCGGACACCUGCGCCUUUUUCCGGGAGAUGGAUGCCCUGGUGAGCUCCCGGGCCCCGGAGCCACCCGUGGGCAGCCUGGAGGAUGAGGAGGAGGAGGAAGACGAGGAGGAGGGGUGGGAGGGGCCGGACCACUCCGGGCCCGAGGGCAGCGACGCUGAGCCGGAGGAGUCGGGGGCCUGGCGAAACGAUGAGGCAGCCGGGGAAGACGACUCUGACGGCGAGGAGAUGGGUUUGGAUGAGGUGACGCGGGCGCCUGAGAGCCCCAGCGCUCCCGUCCUAUUCCAGAGCCUGAGUGGGGUGCACUGGGGCUUUGAGGAGACCAAGACCUUCCUGGCCAUCCUCAGCGAGACGCAGUUCUACGAGGCCCUGCGCAACUGCCACCGCAACAGCCGGCUGUAUGGCACCGUGGCGGAGCGGCUGCGGGAGUUCGGCUUCCUCCGCUCGGCCGAGCAGUGUCGAACCAAGUUCAAGAGCCUCCAGAAGAGCUACCGCAAGGUCAAGGGCGGCCUCUCCCAGGACACGUGCGCCUUCUUCCGGGAGAUGGAUGCCCUGGUGAGCUCUCGGGCCCCGGAGCCACCUGUGGGCAGCCUGGAGGAUGAGGAGGACGAGGGGGGCAGUGACACCGAGUCGGAGGAGCUGGGUGCCUGGCGACCUGGUGACGCGGCGGAGGAAGACGACUCUGACGGCGAAGAGAUGGGUUUGGAUGGGGUGACUUGGGCCCCCAGGAGCCCCAGCACGCCCGUCCUGUUCCGGAGCCCGAGCGGGUUUUUGUUCCCGGCUCCCAAUCCUGCCAUGGGGGCCGGGCUGUGCUGGGGAGGCUUCCUUCUGUCAGCCCACAGCGGCCUGAUGCCCGCCGUAUUGCCCCACGGAGCUCAGGCUCCACUUGCCCUGGCCCUCAGCCUUCGCUCCCCGGUGGCCCUCACUCGCCCCUCACCCCUCAGCCUCUGCUCCCUGGGUCACAGGGCUGCAGACCUUGUCCCCCAAGGGCCUAAGGGCUUCGAGGCCGGCUACGAGGGUCAGCCAGUGCCUCAGCGGGACAUUUCGGAGGAGGUGGAGCUGCACAGGAUCUUGCUGGGGCGGUCGGGGCGCAGGAUCCCCCCACGCGUGGCCCUGGGGCCGGGGCGGAAGCCCAGUGCCAGCGAGAGGCGGGGGAAGGUGCUGGCCCAGGAGAGGGUCUCCCGGCCGGGCGGGAGGGGCGCAGGGCAGCCACCCCCCGCGGCCGGGCCCCCGGGCCCCCCGGGCCCGAGCCCGAGCCCGAACCCGUACCGGUGUGGCGACUGCGGCAAGAGCUUCGGACGGAGUGCCCGGCUGGUCCGGCACCGCCGGAUCCACACCGGCGAGAAGCCAUACCACUGCCCGGACUGCGGCCGGCGUUUCCGGGACAGCUCCAACCUGAUCACCCACCGGCGCACGCACACGGGAGAGCGGCCCUACGGCUGCCCCGACUGCGGAAAGCGGUUCAGCCAGAGCUCCAGCCUGGUCAUCCACCGGCGCACCCACACCGGCGAGAAACCCUAUGCCUGCACCCAGUGCGGCAAGCGCUUCGGCAACAGCUCCCACUUCAGCGCCCAUCGGCGCACCCACACGGGCGAGAAGCCCCACGCCUGCCCUGACUGCGGCAAGCGCUUCGGCAAGAGCUCGGACCUGCGCGCCCACCGCCGGACGCACACGGGCGAGAAGCCCCACGCCUGCCCCGACUGUGGCCGUGGCUUCGGCAAGAGCUCGGCCCUCAACAAGCACCGGGCGAUCCACGCCGUGGAUGGGCCCCGCCCCCGGCCACCCACGGGGCCAAACUAGAUCCCCCACGCCUCCAGGGCUGUUCUGCCCUGUGGGCCUCCCUCAGGGUCCGGACCUGGAUCGCCCUUGAGCUGGGGCUGGAAGGGAGCCUAGGGUCCGGCCUGCUUCAGGGUUGAGUGCAGGGUGCGGUGCAGCCUCCCCGAGGAACCCGGGAGAGGAAGGAAGCCUGGGUGGGGGUGGUGGGUAGGGCCUCGAGCAGCACUGGCUUGGGACGUGCCGAGCGGGAUGUGAGUCUCCCCCUGUCCCUUCUGCCCUUUUCUUCCCUCUGCCGGGAUGCCCACGGUCCCCUGUGGCGGCGGCCUUGGCCUGGGGACCAUCUGGUAGGUACCCAGGCAGUUUUGCUAGUGAGGGUGAACCCAGUGGGAAGUGGGGGAGGUGAGUUAUUCAUGUUCCCCCCACAACCAGGAGCCACCACCAGAAUAUUUUUUGGGCUUCCCUUUUCUCACCACUGCCCCUCACCGUGUCUCCCCAGUCACCUCAGUCCCCGAGUCCCGGAGAGGGAGCCAGUGGGCUGGGGCCUCCUGGGGCUAGGACAGGAGAGCCUCCCUUCUUCCUUGGACUCCCAAGUGCCUUGGGUGGGCAUUUGCCCUCUGUGCGGGCCCAGUGACCGGUAGUGCAGCUGGGACAGACAGGAGCUGCAGCCCCACUCUUACCACUCAGAGGACGGGGGAGCCGGGGGGCUUCCCCCCACAGGUCGAGAGGCGUCCUCUCCACCGCUCGCUGUUUCCAUGUACUUGUGAGGGGUACAUCGGCAGGCCCGCCCCCACCCCCAUCCUGUGCCCCCUGCAGUGCUGGCUCCCAGGGUGUAGCUGCUGCUCCCAUUCCCACUUCCCUUGGGCGGGAUCUGGGCCUUUGACGGGACCCAAGGGCUUCCCUGGAGUUUUCUGACUGGUUCGCCCUGCUGUACGCUUUGGCCCCACAACCAAACUGCAACCUGGGUGCCCCGUCCACCUGCGUCGGGUGGGGCUGACCCCUCGGGGUCGGCCCGUCUACAUGCCACGGGCUAUGUGUGGGGGGGACAACGUCCAUGCUAAACAAGUAUGCUGGAAGUAAAACC